AUGACCUGGCUACUGACACCUCAUCACUGGCCAGUGUCUCCUGGCAUCGGCCUCUUCAACAAGAAUGUGGACCAGAACAACCUCGUGUGCAGCAUCGGCGUCAACGCAGUGAACAAGAAUGUCAUCGCGACGCCGCAGGACACAUGCAAGACCCCCAGCCUGACAGGAUUUGGCAAGCAGAUUGAGCCCCCAGCUCUGUCCGCACUCACGCUGCCCAAGUCAUUUGCGAACAAGCCCGCGCCCAUCCAGAUCACCGGCAAGGGCCCUGCAAAGUACUCCCUCAACGCAUACAAGAGCCUCUUCAACAAGGAGGGGGCGACCUACAACUGGCUUUGGCACGUCAGCCGCAACGUCAAGCAAUUCUGGUCUUGCUCCAAGCAAUUCAAUGGCAGCCUUUCAGGCUACCUUGUCCCCAAGGGCUGGGAGCCCGUCGGCGGCACAGCCGCGCCAGGCGGCGGCGCGCCCUUGGAGCCGGGGGUGUACAAUGUGCUGGAGUCAGACGGUGUGUCAUACCCUAUUAUGGUCAUCCUCAAGCAGGCGGUUGAGUCCCCCAAGCCCCAGAAAGCAAGGCAGCUCGUCAUCGCUGUGCGGGGCACCAACACUGCGCCAGAGUGGAAGCUGGACCUCGCCUACGACCGCGUCUCGUGGAAGGGCAGGUCGUUCACAGGCGAGGCCUUUGCCGGCAACUCCUUCUCGGGCAAGUCCUGGACGGGGGAGACCCACAAGGGCUUCACCUUCUUCUUCGACGCCCUCUGGCCAGCCGUGCAGGCGCAGCUCAAGGCGCUGGUGGUCAACGGUGACACGGCCACCGGCGUGAACUCGAUCACGUUCGCCGGGCACUCGCUGGGAGGUGCAAUCUCGCCGCUGCUGGCGCUGGCGUCCGCCUACUACCUCAAGGCCAACAAGAAGACAAGCGUCAAGAUCAGCCUGGUCACCUUUGGCGCCCCGCAAUACGCCAACGAGGCCAUUACGAAGCAGCUCGGCAGCGCUGUGGCCGUCCGCCGCAUCACCUUUUCUUACGACAUCUUCACCAAGCUGCCCUGCGCCAGCCCGCCGAAGAACAAGAAGGACCCCACAUUCGCCAUGCCGGCGUGCAACGCGACGGACCAGCUGGUGAACACGGGCAACCCCGACGGCACCCUCUACUGGCGCGACUACUCCAACUUCACAGGUCACUUUGACUUCUUUCCGGCGCAGCUGCCCGUUGACCAGGACACGCGCAACCUCUGGGAGGGCGGCAGGCUCGUCGAUCUGACCAACAGCGCCCAGUUUGCCCUCAUCAACUACCGCAACCACGUCUGCUCCUACGUCUGCAUAUUCUCCCUCGAGUCCUUCAACAAGAACCCCGUCAGCAACGGCCUGAUCUGCAGCACAGGCAUCAACACAGUCAACAAGAUCCUCAUCGGGACGCCGCCAGCCUCGUGCAGGACACCCGCACUGACGGGCUAUGGCAAACAGGUCGAGCCCCCGGCGCUGUCCGCGCUCACACUGCCCAAGUCGUUUGCGAACAAGCCCGCACCCAUCCAGAUCACUGGCAAGGGCCCUGCAAAGUACUCUGUCAAUGCAUUCAAGGGCCUCUUCAACAAGGAGGGAGCGACCUACAACUGGCUUUGGCACGUCAAUCGCAAUAUCAAGUACUACUGGGCCUGCUCCAAGCAGUUCAACGGAAGCCUGACAGGCUACCUUGUCCCCAAGGGCUGGGAGCCCGUCGGCGGCACUGCCGCGUCAGGCCGCGGCGCCCCCUUGGAGCCGGGGUUAUACAAUGUGCUGGAGUCAGACAAUGUGUCAUACCCCAUCAUGGCCAUCCUCAAGCAGGCGGCUGAGCCCUCCAAGCCCCAGAAAAGCAGGCAGCUCGUCAUUGCUGUGCGGGGCACCAACACAACAUCCGAGUGGAAGCUGGAUCUCGCGUACGACCGUGUCUCGUGGAAGGGCAGGUCGUUCACAGGCGAGGGCUUUGCCGGCAACUCCUUCUCAGGCAAGUCCUGGACGGGGGAGACCCACAAGGGCUUCACCUUCUUCUUCGACGCCCUCUGGCCAGCCGUGCAGGCGCAGCUCAAGGCGCUGGUGGUCAACGGCGACACGGCCACCGGCGUGAACUCGAUCACGUUUGCCGGGCACUCCCUGGGCGGGGCUGUCGCGCCGAUGCUGGCGCUGGCGUCCGCAUACUACCUCAAAGCCAACAAGAAGACCAGCGUCACGAUCAGCGUGGUCACGUUCGGCGCCCCGCAAUACGCCAACCUUGCCCUGAUGAAACAGCUGGGCAAGGAAGUCGCCGUGCGCCGCAUCACGUACUCGUACGACCUCCUCACAAAGCUGCCCUGCGCCAGCCCUCCUACGGACAAGAAGGACCCUACAUUCGCUAUGCCGGCGUGCAGCGGGCCCGACAUGCUGGUGAACACGGGCAACCCCGACGGCACCCUCUACUGGCGCGACUACUCCAACAUCACCGGCACCUUCGUGUUUACCCCGGAGCAGCUGCCCGUUGAUCAGGCCACCCAGAACCUCUGGGAGGCCAACAAGCUCUUUGACCUGACCAACAAGUUAGCAUUCAAGUUCGCCUCCGUCACGAACCACGUCUGCUCCUACGUGUGCCUCAUAUCGUGA